AUGAAACUCUCACUAUUGAUACUAGGGUUAUUGGGCUAUUCGUUAGCUGAUAGAACAUUCAAAAGAUGUCAACCAAUUGCAGACCCAAAACUAAGUGAUAAACAUCAACCAAGUAUAGAUAUAAAAAAUGUCCAUCAAGAUACACAUGUUUUAUUAUUUCAUAUAACAGAUUUACCAAAGACAAAUAUUCCAUUUGAUUUUAAUGAUAGGUAUGAUUUCCAAAAUGGAGAUAUGAAACUAUGUACACAAGAUCUAAUAAACUCUGGUGAAUGUACAACUGAGGAAGGAUUUACAUUAACAAUUGAUAAAGAUCUUGAAUUAAAUGAUACAAUUGUGAAUAAAGUUAUUAAAGUUGGUGAAACUUUCCAUUAUCCAAUUGAGAAACCUGGUGUGUUUUGCGCUAUUGGUUAUCAUGAAUCCCGUAAACCACAAUUGAAAAUAAACCAUUCACAACCUUUUGGUUUUAUAACACUUGAACAACAUAUUUUCAAGGAUAUUUUAUACUAUAUCAAUUUUUUUAGUAUUGGGUUAUUAAUGCUAUUCAUAUCAAAGAAAAUGAAAGAUCAAAGAAAUUCUACAAAACAUCAAUAUCUACCUUCAACAAUGCUUAAUAUUUUCCUUACGUCAUUAUCAUUUUUACCAGUUUAUAUAAAUCAAUACUUGGUUUUGAUGUUAAAAGAAGGGUAUGAUAAAGUUAAUAAAGUGAAUGAAUUUUACAUGGGGCUUAUCAUAAAUGGUCUUUUACUAAUGAAUUUUUCAAUUACAUUUAUGGGAUUAACUCAUCUUUAUGCAGCUUGUAUGAAUUCUAGAUCAGUAUCAGAGAUUAAAAAUGAUAAACUUUUUAAAGUCUAUAUCGGUUUAAUUGUAUUAUAUCCGUUUGGAACAUUUAUAAAAGAGUCUGAACAAUUCAAAAUACCUGUUGUUGAAAGCUUAAGAUAUCCUAGUGGACUUUUAAUUUUAGGAAUCACAUUUGCAGUUUCUAAAAUACCAUUGAAUGAUAGUAAACUAGAUUUGAAUUAUAAAUUAAAGUUUCAAAAGACAAGAAGAUUAGCGAUCUUCACCACUAUUGGGUUAUGGCUAAUCAGUUUUAUUUAUGAAUCUGUGAAUGUUUUCAGACAAAGUUUUAGAAUUGGUGAUAGUAUUAAUGAAACUUCAAAAUUACCAUAUUAUCAAUUGAAAAUUAUUUUGACUUUAGAAGAUGAUGCUAAAUAUGAUGUACUUUCAGUGUUCAUGAAUAAAAUUGAAUAUUGUGCUCCUCUAAUAAUAGCUAUUGGAGCUAUAUUCAUUUGGAGAGGUGUUAAAUAUGAUACUUUAGAAGAAAGUAAUGGAUCAGUCGAUCAAUCAACUAAAGAUGUUGAAGAUGAUAACUCUGAUGAUAAUAUAACUGAAUUAGAUAAUCUUAAAGUCACAAGUCAGAUGGAUAAUAUAGUAUAG